CGUAUUCAUUAGCGUUUCCAACAUGACUCAAAAUGGCGGUGCACUUCUCCACUAAACGGCUAUUCAGGGACUGAACGAAAACAACAAAAUCACACGAAGUCUUUGUGAGACAUCUGUUAAGGUUUCAGCCAUUUUGGACCAUAGAGAAUAAUUCCACGAUGACAAGCUUCAGGCCUUGGUUGUAAUUGUGGCACACACCACACGCACCUGCAUGGGGAGGAUGGAGAGCGAUUGCAGGAUCCCCAUGUCGUGCUUGAGGCCCAGAAUCCUGGCCUUGCAUGCACUCUUCUGGGUUUUGGUGUCUCUCAGAGUGUUUGGUGCAGCUCUGCUGAGUGAGGAGAAGACCACAGUGGCCAGGCCGGUAACCACCCCCUGUUGGCAGAUGGAGGAGUUUGUGGUUGCAGUGGAAUGCUCCCGGUGCAACACUUUCCAGUCGAAGUCGUGGGCAGCAUGUAUUCAGACGGGAUACGUGGAGAGGAUCAACUGCACCAAGUCUAAUAAAGAUGAGUACAAGAGCUGCCGCUCUACCCUGAUGGAGGAACACCUUUUCUGGAAGUUUGAAGGAGCCACGUUGGGCCUCACCAUACUGUUUGCGCUCAUAGUGGUCGCUAGGCAACGUUCGCUGGACCGGCUUGCCUCCGAGAAAGUCCGCAGGCAGAUCGAGUCUAUCUAGCGCAGUACACCAGAGUGAAGAGACUAGUAGAACUCACCAUGGUGGCUCAUCUCAACAUUUCAAACUGUUAAGAAUUACCACAGCCGCUCCAUUUCAACAGCAUGGGGGUCUGGAGAACGUAAUGUUCAAUGGGCCAGACUUACUAGAAAACGGUUUCACUUUUUUUUGGGGGGGGGGGGGGUUGUUGAAGAAAUAAGGCCUGACAGUAACAAGCUUAUAAAAUCAAGAUUGACAGUGAAACUCCAGCUCUAAUUUUAACCCGCCAAAGCACAAAUGGUGAACAGUGUCUGGCGUUUUGUCAAUGGAAUGAAUAACCCUAAAGGGAAUGGCUCUUCUGAGCAGGCAACUUGCAGUACAUUGAUCUGGACAAAGUGAUGAAUGGGAACUGACUGCAUUCUAAGUAGCAGACAACUGAUGGAUUAGUUCAAGCCACAUACAUUUCUUUUACAUCUUUUUUUUGGGGGGGGGGUUAUAAAGUGGACUGAAACCUGUGAAUAUACAGAAUUGUCUGACAAUUGCCAGAGACGUUUCUGGCACAUGUUUCUGUUCUCUGAGAGAACCAAUAAUCUCAUCUAGUGUCAAAUGCCCUGUCUGACUUGGAAACAUGGCCUAAUAACUAGGUCUGUGACUCAAGUGGAUCUAGAAUCUGUCUUAUAGGGGGAUGAGUGUUGCAGUGUUACUGUUGUAUGAGUUUCAUGCUGCAGUGCUGUUUUUCACCUCCAUGGGAUUCAUAUUUCCAAGAUUCAGUAUUGGUGUUCUGCCAAAAGUCUAUAAUCACUAGGUUGUGAAAGGUGAAAUCUUGUGUGUUUGGAGAUUCCAGGCAUGGUUCUAAACACAAACACUGACAUUUGACUACUUUUUCAUUAGAGUAUAGCAUUAUCCAAUACACACAAACACACUGCACAUAUUUCUUUCUGUUUUCAUUCAUUUAAAAACUUAGUUGCAUUUCCACUGAUGGAGAUUCACUUUUUUCGACUCCCCUGGUAGGCUCCUAGUAACAUUGGUCUCUGAGCUCAGUGAUUGCCAGUAUUUUCAUGAUUUUAUCAUGGUUUUACAUUUCAACUGUAAAUAAUGUAUUUUUAGGAAUUAUGUGACAUGUGUUUUCCAGCCUCAGCAGCUCACAAAGAGUUGAGAAUUCUGCAAGAAUAAAUGGAAAAUCGGACAACAGUUAA